AGGUUCAUAUGGCUCUGGAAGUUAGUCUUAUCAGACAUCUUCUUUUAAAUGGAGCAGAGGAACUAUGUGGUGAAUAAGAGAAGGGUUCCAGCGUUUAUUUGCAGGGGCCAUGCGAGACGAUUUACACAAACAGCCACUGAUAGAACCAGACUACCACAUGGCCAGGAUGUCAAGGACUUGGACAAAGAGAAAGGUUCUUCCAAAAAGACCGUUACCAUGGCACCCACGUCUAUGUACUUGACAGGCAGAAGCUUGUACACUGCCAGAAAACCGCUGAUCUCAGCAGAGCACCAGACUUCCAUUCUGAAGAAUCCUCUCACGCAAGAUUGUUCAGAAACAGUCCAUGUGAGCAAUGCGGCAAGUAAUCAGAAAGAAAGUGAGUGGUUGCAUAAAAAGUCAGACAACUGCAUCUCAAAAAGGACAAGUACACCAAAGAUCAUUGCUCCUUCUCUUUCAUCAUCCAGAGAAGAUCUGUCUGCUUCGUUAAGUCUAUCAGACCUCAGGCUGUGUUCUUCUGAUGAUGAGCUAAAUUUCAGCUUUGUGCCUUUAGCUAGCAAAAAUACAAGACUGAACAUUUCCAGUCCUGUUUUAGAUGACUUAAGCCUAACUGAAUCACAAAGCCGUAAGUGGAUUUCCACCCAGGAGACUAUCUCUCAUUCAUACACCUUUCAAACCCGUCCCUCACAAAAGACAAAAACAUUCAAGCAGGAGAGAGACUCCCUUCCCAACACUAGAUCCUCACUAAGUUAUAACAAGGGCUACUCAACGGAUCUUAAACAUAUGUCCCCUUAUCAAGCUAAUUACUGGGCCUGUGCCAUUCCCAGCUGCUUACCACCCUCCCCAGACCGCAAGUCCCCCAGCUGGGACCCUGACAGGGAGUAUCAGACACUCCUAGAUUAUACAUACCCUAUAAGGCCUAACACAGCAAGCAACUGGCAACCCAAAAAGUGUAAAACUUCUACGCAAACUAAUCUUUUUCUGCCAGACUCUGGAAUUGAACUGGACAGUUUUCUCAGCUGCUCUAGCCUUUCCUGCUUGGACCCACCUGGGACUGAAAUAGAUGAUUCUAGAUGUGAACCAACCUCUGGUCAAAGCUUAUAUGAAUUUCAUAGACUCAAUCAGAGUAAACUGUUACAUUCUAAAUCAUCAGAUCUCAGACCAUCUAGUAGCUUGUAUUCAUCAGUGGAGCAGGUGGGUUUAUCAGUGGAAAGCCUUGAUUGUGAGGAAAAGCAAAGCUUUUAUUGCAAGGAACGUGGCAUCUUUCCCACAUCCAGGUCUGCGCCUAACUUCAUCAGGUCCACAUGCAUCUUACCCCAUCCUGAUUCACUUGGCGAUUGGGAUGAGGAGUUCCUACGUUUGCCUAGGCGGCUGCAGGAGCUUCAGGAUCUGUCAGACCAGCUAAAGAACAUCACAGAACAGAUAGGUCAGCCAGUCAAGACUGGAUGGCAGUUACUGGAAAGGGAGAGUGCCUCAGUAAGAUCUUCAGCAGCACAUAUGGAGAAGCAAGCCCAGGUCUCUGAUCAGCAGGAAAAUGAGGACCAAAAACAGGCUGUGGAUGUUUCUUUCCAAAAUGAGGAUUUCUCUGAACAGUUGAAGGGGCUUGAUGACAGAGUGUCUACAAUCAGCAGUGAAUUAUACAGAGGAGAUGUGAGGAAAGUAGAAGCCAUUAUGAAUCAGAUAAAGUCACUAUCUGAGUUUCAGAGGACAGAGAUUGAUGAGGGAGAAGAUGAAACCAAGGAGUCCCUGCUGCAGCACCUAAAAGCUUUUUGCUCAAAUUUAGAACAGCUGAUCCAGUGGUUGUACAAAGUGGUGGAGAAGAUGGAGGUCAUACCACCUAAUUCAGUGGACAUUGAGAGUGUAAAAGCCUCUCUGGCUGACUAUGAGAGUUUCCAGAAGGAAGUCCAAGCUCACAGACCACUUACUGCCUCGGUCCUCCAGACCGGAGAGAUAUUACUGUUCUGUAUGAACUCUGCUUCUCCCUUUCUGAAGGAGACGUUGAUGUUGAUAGAAAGACAGUCUGAUGCGUUGGAGACUCACUCAGAGCAUCUCUUCUACUCCAUCCUGUCUACUAUAGACCACCUUAAAGAAUCAAACUCACACGACAGCACAGAAAUGACAUCCUGACGGAUCUUCACCUGUAAGGAUCAGUUGAGUUCAGUGUGUAUUGUACCUUCAUGUACCAGUGUUACAUCAUGUCAGAAACACAAUGUAAGUGGUUACUGGUACAGAACUUGUUAUUCAGGGCUUCUAUAGUUCAGGGUUCCUAAUAUCAGCGUUAUUAUAAUUAAAGAAACUUUUCACGAAUUCAUAAAA